GACUCAAGCACCUCUCGGAUGGUGGACUGGACAGCUGAAUGCCAGCUGCUUGUGGAGCAUGGGUACAACUGCCAGUGCCGCACCGCAGCCAGUGUCCGCAGCGUCGCUACUGGAGAGUGUCCACGGCAACGGGAUGGCCGACAGCAGGCAGUCUCUUACCAUGAGCCCCUUUCAGACAGUCAACAUCCACAACAACAAGGCCAAGUCCAUUAUCACCAACAAAGUCGCACCUGUCGUCAUCACGUAUAAUUGCAGACAGGAGUUCCAGAUUCACGAUGAAAUCCUCAAGACCUACUACAAACUCGGGCGGAUAUCAGAAACCAUGCCCGAGCACUACCUGGUGCAGGGGGAGUACUUCAUGGUCCAGGACGUGUACAGCAAAGCAGAUGUCCUGAACACCACGGGCAGCUAUGGGGCGCCCAACUUCCGCAAAGUCAAGGGAUCCUACCCUCUGUACGGGAUGGGUCAGCCGAGCCUGAACGGCUUCAAACAGGUCCUCCAGAGGCUCCAGGUGCAAGGACACGAGGAGGUUAUAUUCUUCUGUGUACGAGAGGAGCCGGUGGUUUUCCUGCACAAGGAUGACGACUUUGUGCCGUACACCCCCAGGAGGAAGGAAAACCUCCAUGAGAACCUACACGGCCUGAAAAAGGAGGUGCUGGUGGAGAGCCUGGAGCUCACCGUCAGGAAGGAGCUCCACGACUUCGCCAUGCUCAACGAAAACACCUUCUCCGUCUACAAUGACAUCGAGUUCUUCAAAGACGAGCCCCAGAAGAUCUCCAUCACGUGUGAGGAGGACAUCCAUGUGACAGAGGAGGUCUAUAAGAGGCCCAUGUUCACCAUGCCGGCCUACAGGUACUACAGAUUACCUUUACCGACGGAGGGAGCGCCGCUGGAAGAAGACUUCGAUGCAUUUGUUAACAUUCUCAGGGAGAGUCCCAGCUUGUCCCUGGGCCACGAUGCGUCCCGGCCGCUGCCGGCGCUGCUCUUCAGCUGCCAGGUGGGCGUCGGCCGCACCAACCUCGCCAUGAUCCUGGGCACCCUGGUCAUGAAUCGCCUGAGGGGGGAUUCACAGCCGCCGUCUCAGGUUGAGGAGGCAGCAGCUUCAGAGCCUAAACCACUUUUCCAGGUCAUCCAGUCUCUGAUCAACAAGCUGCCGAAUGGACAGCAGGUCAUGGAAGAGGUUGACCAGGCUAUCGCCCUGUGUUCAGAAAUGCACAACAUAAAAGAAGCGAUACAUGAGAACAAGAGCAAGCUGGAAGGGAUCGGAGAAGAUUAUCAAAUACAGGGAAGCAGCACCAAAGACUACUUUCUCAACCGCACCAUGCAGAGCUUGGAGCGCUACUUCUACUUGAUUGUGUUUAACGCGUACCUUCACGAACAGUAUCCUCUUGCCUUUGUGUCCAACUUCAGCCAGUGGAUGUGCUGCCAUGCGUGGCUGUACAGGCUGCUGGCCCGCAUGGACCUGUCGGAGCUGUCGGCACCGGCGGAGCUGGUCACCAGGGGAGCCCGCGUCCUGGUUGCUGAUGAGUACUUGGCUCCUGACGUGCUCAGCACGGUGAAGGAGAUGAAGGCGGUCAACUUCAGACGAGUGCCCAAGAUGCCUGUUUAUGGAGUCGCUCAGCCGACAUCAGAGGCCACCGGAGCCGUUUUGGCCCAUCUGACGGAUGAGAAGAGGAAGCACAGCCACGUGCUGUGGGUGAACCUGCAGGAGGAGCUGGUGUUGGAAGGAAACGGUCAGACCUUCACACCCAGGGAGCCCUCGUGCCUGGACCAGCACAUUCCUAUCCCAUCAUCUGACCCACAGCUAAUAGAGAAACUGGAGACGUCUCUGAAGGAGUCGGUCCUGCGAGCUCAGAAGUGGCUGGAGGUGACGCUGGAGCAGGACAAACAGAUGAAGAUGUUUAAAAGCUGCAUGACGGUCCAGGAGAUCUUCAACCAGCAGAAGAGCUCCCACCAGGGCCUUGUCUACAAACGCAUCCCUCUGCCGGAGUGCAGCGCGCCCAGGGAGGAGGAUUUCGAUAGGCUGCUGGAUGCCAUGAAGAGCUCCUUGGCUGAAGACACCCGCUCAGCCUUCGUUUUUAACUGCUCCAACGGCAAAGGCAGGACCACAACCGCCAUGGUCAUCUCUGUUCUGACCCUCUGGCAUUUUAAUGGUUUCCCAGAGUUUGCAGAAGACGAGAUUGUUAGUGUUCCGGAUGCCAAGUACACGAAAGGAGAAUUCGAGGUCGUGAUGCAGCUGGUUCGCCUGCUGCCCGACGGCCACAGGAUGAAGAGGGAGGUGGACACGGCCCUGGACUCCGUCAGCGAGACCAUGACCCCCAUGCACUACCAUCUGCGAGAGAUCAUCAUCUGCACAUACAGACAGAUUAAAAGCGGCAAGACGGAGAAGGACUGUCAGCAGCUGCUGCUGAGGAGCCUGCAGUGCCUGGAACGCUAUGUUUACCUCAUCCUCUUCAACACAUACCUGCAUCUAGAGAAGAAAGACUCCUGGCAGCGCUCCUUCACUCUCUGGAUGGAACAGGUGGCUGCCAGGGCCGGAGUUUAUGACAUCCUCAACCAGCUGGCCUUCUCCGAGUUUGAGAACCCGAGGGACUCGCAGCUGGCCCGGCUGCGCUGCCGCUGGCAACGGCAAAACAUUCACUCACUUCCUUUCCGAGGGGAGUUCAUCUGAGAGAGGAUCACAGCGAAGGCACCAGAGCAGCACUGUGCUUUUCAGAAUAAAAGACAUUUUUACAGUCACAUUGUCACAACUUCUAUA